AUGGGCGCAGGCGCUAGCCGUAUGAGUCAAUGGCGACCAACAUAUACCCGACUUGGCGGCCGUCGGCAGAAGAAAUGCGCCAACAGAGGCUGUCUGCAGUCCCCCAAUGCUGCCGCCUUUCCAAGCCUUCGUCAAGGCGUGAUGAUGCCCAGCCUAGACCGUCAUUGGCCACCACCGCCGCCAGCCGGCCGCUGUUGA